AUGGGCUAUGAGAGUGAACAACCAAUUCACCUCAUUUGGAGGGAUGGGUUGGAGGUUACGAAGCAGCUUUUUGCAAACCCCGUUUAUGCAAAACACAUGUGCUAUGACCCACACUAUAUCUAUCAAGGACAAGAACGCCAAAUUGGAGAAUUUUGGACUUCGGAUGAUGCAUGGGAGAUUCAGGAUCAACUGCCGGAAGGGGCGACUAUCGUUCUGAUCAUUGCUGCCUCUGACAAAACCCCAGUUACAAGACACACAGGUGGCCUCGAGAUGCACCCAUUAUUCCUCACCAUCGGAAAUAUCCAGGCCGAUGUCCGCAUGAAGGCUACGUCACAUGCGUGGCGAUGUACUGCGUUCAUGCCAAUACCGACUUUCGUUGUCAACUCUGAUUUUCAAACUCUACUCCGGUCGCGUCUGUGGCACAAGUGCGUGGAUCUUGUAUGUUCCAAUUUGAAGGUUGCAGCUCGUGUUGGCGAGUACAUGGUCGAUCCCUCGGCCAAAAUCCGUUACUGUUUCACACCUCUUAUCAGUCACAUUGCCGAUCUCCCUGAACAAUUGAUGAUUGCAUGCGUCAUGAAAAACUCGUCUCCCGUCACCACAGCGACCCACAAAGAAUUUGGUGAUGAGACACCGCAUCCUCCACGGAAUGGAUCGGACACCUACGCACUUAUCCAGCAGCUUUGCAACCGUGUUGACCCAUGGGAUCUCAUUGCAUACGUUAGAGAGUCCAAAAAGCUCCAUCUUAGCGGGGUGCACUUGCCGUACUGGAGAAACUGGAGGUGCUCCAAUCCCGCUAGAUUCCUGACACCAGAAAUUCUGCACACGCUGCACAAAUUUUUUUUCAAUCACGUUCUUAAAUGGAUCAAGCAGAUCAUGGGUCAUGAACUUGAUGUACAGUUCAAGAGUCACCACAAGCGCACUGGUGUGCGCCAUUUCUCUGGGGGUGUCUCUCAUGUCAACCAAAUGACAGGACGAGAGCACCGAGAUAUUCAGCGCACAAUUGUGCCGACGCUGUGGGGUAUGGCAAGCCCUGGUUUCAUCCGCGCUGUGCGGGCAAUGAUCGAUUUUAUCUACCUUGCUCAGAAUCCCCUUCACACUGAAUCCAGCAUCGCCUCCAUGACUCAAGCACUUCAAGACUUCCAUGAUAAUAAGCAGGCCAUCCUCGAUUCAGAGGCACGCCAGGGAAAGAGCGGCGCUAAAGACAACUUCUUCAUUCCGAAAUUGGAACUCAUGCAAAAUUUUGCUCGUUGGACAGCAGACAUAUCAGAACGUCUUUUAAUAACUCACUGCAAAUAUCCAUUUGAACGCACGAGUCGUCAGAGAGACUUCGUCCUGCAGAUCGCUCGCAUCCUCGAUCGGGAGGACAAAAGGGAAGUGAUAUUGGUAGAAUACGACGCAACUAUUUAUCAGAAUCCGGUGAUAAAAGAAGACAAAUGA